GUAAAUAUCCUGAUUGACAACACAGGCAGACCUCGUCUGGCUGACUUCGGCUUAUCGAGAAUUCUCAGCGAGUACGCCACUCAGGUGGCGACGCAGAACCACCAGGGUGGAAGAUGGACCGCUCCUGAGCUCUUGUGUCCAGAACGCUUUUCAUCGCAGAGCAAUCCGACCUCAAAACCAACCUUUGAAGGCGAUGUAUAUUCGUUCGCAUGUGUUUGUUAUGAGAUUUACACCACUAGACCGCCGUUUUAUGAGAUCCGCCGUGAGGCAACUGUCAUUGUACGGAUUCUGGAAGGUCAACGGCCUCGUCGCCCGAUGAAUGGUGAUGGCUGCGCGAUCACGCCAUCGGACACACUCUGGUCGCUGAUCGAGAAAUGCUGGCACCAGCAAAGCGAACUACGACCGAAAAUGACCACCGUUCUACAGCAACUA